UCUCUUCCGGGCCUUGGCUUCCUGCUGAAAAGCAAUUUUCGAUGAAACGGAAAGGGUAUCUACAACUCAUGGUUGAAAAAUAACCGUUCACUCUUAAAUGUCAAAUGAACAACCGUUUUCUGGCUGGAGACACGCACAUAUUAAAUCCGGAGAGACAGAAGAAAGUUAAGAGUAUCGCUGGGUGGUACUUUUUGGAGCACAGAGGCUAAAAACAAUGCCACAUUUCUUGUGUCCAGAGCCGCUGUCAGUCGCACAACUCAAGCGACUAGAAGAGCAUAAAUACAGCGCCUCCGGCCGAUCCCUUUUCGAACCAGCGUGUCAAGUAUACUGGAAUUGGCUGGUCCAACAAAUUCCAACCACGAUCGCGCCGAAUACGCUGACUAUAAUUGGACUCGUAGUGAAUAUUGUCACAACUGUAGUGCUAGUGUAUUACUGCCCGUCGGCAACAGAAGAGGCUCCAGCAUGGGCGUUCUUCCUCAGUGCACUGGGACUGUUCAUCUAUCAGUCUUUGGAUGCGAUCGAUGGGAAGCAGGCCAGGAGGACUAACAGCAGCUCACCUCUGGGAGAGUUGUUUGACCAUGGCUGUGACGCUGUCUCUACAGUGUUUGUUGCCGUGGGAACAUGUAUAUCCUGUGGGAUAGGAAUGUAUCCAGACUGGAUGUUCUUCUGCGGCUUCGUAGGGAUGUUCAUGUUCUUCUGUGCCCAGUGGCAGACCUAUGUUUCUGGAACUCUCCGUUUUGGCUUGGUUGAUGUUACAGAGGUCCAGAUAUCCAUCAUUGUCAUGUAUCUGAUGUCAGCUUUUGGUGGAGUGGGCCUUUGGGACAACAGGUUGCCUGUCGUUGGUUUGAAGCUUAGUGCCUUUCCCAUCAUAGGCAUCAUCGGUGGAUUCUUGUUGUCCACCUAUAACUACUUCUAUGUCAUAUUGAAUGGGGGCGUUGGCAAAAAUGGCUCAACAGUUGCCGACACCAGUGUACUGACCCCAGGCAUGCACAUUGGCCUCAUCCUCACCUUGGCUUUCAUCAUCUUCAAGAAGUCCUCUACCCAGCUGUUUCAGCUGCACCCUUGCCUCUACAUCCUCACCUUCGGCAUGGUCAUCGCCAAGAUCUCCAACAAACUGGUGGUUGCUCACAUGACCAAGAGUGAGCUGUAUCUCCCAGACACAGCCUUUAUCGGUCCUGGCCUUCUUUUCCUCAACCAGUACUUCAACAGCUUCAUUGAUGAGUACAUAGUCCUGUGGGUUGCAAUGGUCUUGUCUCUGUUGGACUUGACGCGCUACUGCACAGGCGUCUGCCUCCAGAUCGCAUCGCACCUGCGCAUCAGCGUGUUCAGCAUUGCGCCGCAGGGUCACAGCCACCACGACUGAUGCCUUGCCCGGCGGGAGGAGGAGGCGGGGCAGGGCGAGGCCGACGCCACCCCGCUCCUGAAAGCAGACGACCAUGACGACAGCCCCUCGAUCCAAAACUGCAGCAAUCUUGACACAGUGACCACCUCUGACUAAAGUCUGUCCCACACACAAGAGUUGUGAAAGGAAGACGACCAGCCGUGGUUUAGAUGAAGGGUACUCCCGCUGACCACGCCCACUGCCAGACUGCUGCACUAUGUAGAGGUAGUAUAGGCAGCACGGGGAGAAGGAUGGAAAACCAAGUGGGUUUUGGGUUCCCUUCGUCUUUGAUGACGUAGGUCGUUUUCACUAUCAGAGCCAAUUUGGACGAUCUUACAAUGUCAACUUGAAAUGUAUGUCUUCAUUAAAGAAGACAGUUCUGUUUUCUUGAACAUCUAAAAGGCAGUCUUUCCAUCUCCAGCUUAUUCAAUUUAGAGACAAAAUUAUUGCUUGCUAGCAUGAGGUAGAUGAGGAAGCUAGGGUAAAUCAAUCAAAUGUAGCCUAUACUGCAUUGUUUAUUGGCCUGAUUUAGUUCAAUUGGUAUGUUGACUACAUUUGAUAACCUUUCUUAUAUGCAGUAUAAGUAUAUAUCUCCUUCUAAAAAAGCCUUUUAGUUGCUUUUAUACAGAUCUAGAUUGUGUUAUGCUGUUUGAUACUUGCCCAUAAUUUGCAUAGACCUAGUACCUCCUUAAAAUAUGUGUGAAUCAUUUGAAUUUAUUUAUAAGGUUAUUCAAUCAAAAGUUGCGGCAACUGAAAUCAGGGCUAGAAAAUUCUCCAAAAAAAUGUACCUUUUAAACCUCUGAUCAUUUCAAAUGAAAUUUGUAAUGUGGACUGACUUGUGUUCAGUUACGUGUGGUCAGCUCUACAUCUGUCAAGGACUGCAGGGGCGAGGGUCUGUGUUAACACUGGCUCAACAAUGACAAAGCUUUUACAGGGUUCCUCCACCAAACUAUUAUGGCUACACUACUACUCCUCUUACUGUUUAAAGUAUACAAACACUACAUAAAACUUGUAUUUUGCAAAUCACUCUGGAAUCUUAGUUUCCCAUCCAUCCAAGUCCAUGUGGAGUUUUGUCUGUUGGAGUUGAUGUGUUAACACAAGAUCAGAUGCUUUCUUUGUUUUCCUCCCUAAAGGGCUACUUAAUUAUAUGUGAUUGUACAGAAUUUUGUUUGAAGCCUUAAAGUUUAUUUUUUAAUUAAUUGUUUUAUUUUAAAUUUCUGUGCGGAUGUUUGGUGAGAGAAGUUGAGAAACACUGUCUUUCGCUUACAUUUUCUGUAGUUUAUGCAGAAAACUUUACUUAUGGAUCAGUGUUUAAAACUAUAAUUUAAGUAUUGUGCAAGAUACCCAAGCUGAGACAUAGGACUACUGGAAUAUGUUUUACCGUUAACUACACAUAACUCUUGACUGGAAUCUGUCUGUUUCUCAUUUAACAUUUAUACAAACACAUUUAUACAAUGUACAUGUGAAUGCAUUUGGUACUUGAACCUCAAUGAUUUGUGAUAAUAAUGAUACGAUGAUUAGUUUUCCAAUACCAAACAGAUACAUCAUGGGUCUGUUUCUUGAAGCAUGACAGAACAUAACAUUGAAAUUAAAUCUGUGUUAAACAUUAGGAUACAGAAAGGGAUACAUUUGGGAGAAAUGGUGGUCAAGACCCCAUGUAAUAAUGGUGGCUUAAAUGAUCAAAGAUACAAAAUGAAUCACCCUUCUGUCUUAAACAUGCACAUAGUAGUGAUCCAUGCCCUAAAAGGUAAUUUUGUUUGGAUGCAGAUAAUGAAGGUAGAAUGCUAAUAAAGAGCUUUCAGGGGAUGUAAGGUUGCUAAGUGACUGUAACUGACACUAACUUGAUGUUUCUGUUCAAUCAGGGGUUUUUCAGCUGGUUAAUUAUGGAACUAUGCAUUAGAGGUCCACAUGCUCAACCAUAACAUGGUAUUGCACUGUUCAACACUAUACAGUAAUACACCUUUGUACUAACAAAAGUGAGUGAAAAGGUUUUAAUAAAGACAUAUUUUUCAUUCA